UGCUGCGCUCUGACGCAGGGCAAGAUGGCGGCGCCCGGACCGCUUCCCCGGGCUUAGCUGCUGCGGGUCGUCCGCCUUCCCUGGGCAUGUUGCUUCUCCGAGACUGCGGCCGCUGGGCCGCGGCGUCCCUCGGCAGACGCUUGCCUUUGCCUCGCCUCCGCAGCGACAGCGCGGCGCCGUGCCGCGCGCGCUUCGAUGUGGUAGUGAUCGGAGGCGGCCACGCGGGGACCGAGGCGGCCGCCGCCGCUGCGCGCUGUGGCUCGCGGACUCUGCUCCUCACACACCGCGUGGACACGAUCGGUCAGAUGUCCUGUAAUCCUUCCUUUGGUGGCAUCGGAAAGGGGCAUUUGAUGAGGGAAGUAGAUGCCUUGGAUGGCUUGUGUUCUCGAAUCUGUGACCAGUCUGGUAUACAUUACAAAGUAUUAAACCGGCGUAAGGGUCCCGCUGUGUGGGGGCUGAGAGCGCAAAUUGAUCGGAAACUUUAUAAACAGAACAUGCAGAAGGAAAUCCUGAAUACGCCCCUGCUCACUGUUCAGGAGGGAGCUGUAGAAGAUCUAGUUCUUACAGAACCGGAGCCUGGAUACGCUGGGAAAUGUCGGGUCAGGGGUGUUAUUUUGGCAGAUGGAAGCACAAUUUAUGCAGAGAGUGUAAUUCUGACAACUGGGACAUUUCUGAGAGGCAUGAUCGUAAUUGGAUUGGAGACACAGCCCGCAGGACGUUUGGGGGAUCAACCCUCUAUAGGGUUGGCUCAAACUCUGGAGAAGUUGGGGUUUGUGGUAGGAAGACUGAAGACUGGGACCCCACCCCGACUUGCCAAAGAGUCCAUUAAUUUCACCAUUCUAAACAAGCACACACCAGAUAAUCCAUCCAUACCAUUCAGCUUCCUCAGUGAAACAGUGUGGAUCAAGCCAGAAGAUCAGCUGCCAUGUUUCUUGACUCACACCAACCCCAGAGUGGAUGAGAUUGUCCUUGGGAACCUUCACCUGAAUAACCAUGUUAAGGAAACUACAAGAGGACCCCGAUACUGUCCCUCUAUUGAAUCAAAGGUUUUACGUUUUCCAAACCGUGUACAUCAGGUUUGGUUGGAACCGGAAGGAAUGGAUUCCGACCUUAUCUACCCCCAAGGGUUAUCUGUUACCCUACCCGCUGAGUUACAAGAGAAAAUGAUAACAUGCAUCAGAGGCUUGGAGAAAGCCAAAAUGGUUCAUCCAGGCUAUGGUGUUCAGUAUGACUAUCUGGAUCCCCGGCAGAUCAGCCCGUCCCUCGAGACGCAUUCAGUUCAGCGGUUGUUCUUUGCUGGACAGAUCAACGGAACCACUGGCUACGAGGAAGCUGCAGCUCAGGGUGUGAUAGCUGGAAUCAACGCCAGUCUUCGGGUCAGUCAAAAACCACCCUUUGUUGUAAGUCGCACAGAAGGCUACAUAGGAGUCUUGAUUGAUGACCUCACCACACUGGGCACCAGCGAACCAUACCGCAUGUUUACUAGCAGGGUAGAGUUCCGCUUGUCACUGCGCCCGGAUAAUGCUGACAUCCGCCUCACAUUCCGAGCUCAUAAGGAUGCCGGCUGUGUGUCCCCACAGCGAUAUGAAAGAGCGUCAUGGAUGAAGUCUUCCUUAGACGAAGGCAUGUCUGUAUUGAAAUCCAUUGAGUUUUCAAGCUCCAAGUGGAAAAAGUUAAUUCCACAAGCUCCUAUAAGUAUUCAUAGAAGCCUUCCUGUCAGUGCUCUAGAUGUUCUUAAGUAUGAAGAAGUUGACAUGGAGUUACUAGCCAAUGCUGUUCCUGAACCCUUGAAGAAGUAUACUACUUCUAGAGAUCUGGCUAGAAGACUGAAAAUAGAAGCUACUUAUGAGUCAGUCUUGCUGUAUCAACUACAAGAAAUAAAGGAGGUUCAGCGAGAUGAAGCUUUCCAACUGCCACAAGACCUAGAUUAUCUAACAAUCAGGGAUGUGUCAUUGUCCCAAGAAGUUCGAGAGAAGCUACACUUGAGUCGCCCACAGACAGUAAGCAAGCCAGCAAUGGGAAGAAGCAAGUUAUUGGGGCUGCUAGUCGUAUCCCUGGAGUGACACCAGCUGCCAUUGUCAAUCUGCUCAGAUUUGUGAAGACCACUCAGCAAAAACAGGCAGCAGUAACGGAGCACCAAACCAGUUAGUGCUUAUGUGGGAUACAAAGAAACUUCGAGAACUGUAACUUCCAUUUCAUAGAGGACUUUAGAAGAAGCUUAGAGAGCAUAAAAGGAGAUAAAAAUAACACCUGUGAGCAUUGUUAGAUUAUUUUAGAUUUGUCCCUGCAAGACAAAGGUUACAGUUGUGCUUUUUUAUGUAUCUAGUCAAAAUUGUUAAAAAACAAUGUAUAGUUCUCUUUGAGGCUUUAUACAGUAAGCUUAUUUCUACAGGACAUAUAGCAUUCAUCAGGUUAAUAAUUAAGUCAAAACUAAGCCUGAAACUGAGGGGUGAUACAGAUUUUAAGUAAUCCAUCUCUUAAAAGACUGAAGCAAGGGGGCUGGAGAGAUGGCUCAGAGAUUAAGAGCACCGACUGCUCUUCCAGAGGUCCUGAGUUCAAUUCCCAUCACCCACAUGGUGGCUCACAACCAUCUGUAAUGAGAUCUGGCGCCCUCUUCUGUGUAUAUAAUAAAUAAAUAAAUCUUUAACCACUU